AUGUCUCAAUAUCCAAAUACUGACUUAGUCAUUUUAGCUGGUGGUCAAGCUAGACGGAUGCAAGGUAAAAACAAACUUUUGCAGCAGUUUGAUCAUGAAAUGCAACUGCUUAAAAUCUACCAUCAAUUUUGUGAUGAGGUUGCGAAAAUUUGGGUGAAUAGUCAUCAGGACUGUAUUGUUUAUCAGGAGAUCAUCGCUGAAAUAGCCUGUUUUUCAGAUGAUCAGGCGGGAUUUUUAGGGCCAUUAAUGGGAAUGAAAAGCGCAUGGGCACAUGUAACUACAGAUUAUAUUCUGUUCAUUCCCUGCGAUAUUACUUUUAUCCCUAAAGAUGUCUUAUCAAAAAUGCAUCAAGCUUUAUUGGAGGCAGAAAAUUCUCAAGCUGUAUUUAUCUCUAUAAACAAACAAAACCUUUACCCCUUUUGUUUGUUGAAAAGAGACAGCUUAGCUACGCUCGAAAAGCAUUUGGCUAAUGAACAAUUAAGUAUUCGAAAAUGCUUUGAUGAUUUGAAUCCAAAGGUCGUUAAAUAUGAAAACCCUAUAAGUUUUCAUAGCAUUAAUUCAGAACAGGAGUUAAGACUAUACCUAUGGUCUCAGAAAUUUUGCAGCAAAUUUCUGAUCAAUAUCCUGAUUGCGCUACAGGAGGCUAACAUGACAGAUAGAUCUCGGAUUAAGGAAACGGAUCUGAGUUUAGAUGAUUUUAAAACCAUUGAUCAUUUUCCUGAAUGUGGUGGUAUUGGAAUUUUUAUUGGAACGGUUCGAAAUCACCAUGAAGGUCGCAGUGUUAAGGCAUUAAAAUAUACUGCUUAUAAGCCCAUUGCUGAAAAAAUGAUUCGUGCAAUUGAGCAAGAAAUACAAAACAAAUAUGCAGUAUCAUAUAUUCAGGUUAUUCAUAGAAUUGGCGCUCUAGAUAUCGGAGGCAAAGCAAUCAUCGCAGUGGCUUAUGCGCCGCAUCGAAGAGAAGCUUUUAUGGCGUGUGAAGAGGCUGUAGAACGUGUAAAACAUGAAGUUCCAGUAUGGAAAGAAGAGUUUUACUCAGAUGGUUCCAGUGAAUAUGUUGCUGGCUGUUGUAUCCGAAAAGAUGACGAUCUGAAACAGAAGGCCAAGAACGCCAACAGUAUUCUCAGCAAUAUACUGCCGAUCAAAUACCCCCGUUUUACCUGCGAGUAUUGCCUGUUUAUCCCAUUCAUGAAGAUGCUUCAUCAUACCUAA